GAAAAUUGCAUUGAAAACAGGUGCUAAAAUAGUAGGCAGUAGCGUGGACGUUCCAAAUAAGAGCUAAACUAUAAUGUACUUAAUAAUUUUGUAACUUCAUAUUAAGUAGAUGGUGAAAUAUUAAAUGUGUGUUAAGUCAUCAUGCUGCCAAUGAAAAUGAAAAUCGAUAAGAAGCUUUUGCCAAUCAAAGGCCACUUCUUCUUAUAUAAUGCUGGCACAGCACCAUUAGUCCCAUAUUUGUCGACAUAUGCUCGUCAAUUAGGAUUUUCAUCUGCCACAGUCGGUCUCAUUUAUACAAUACUGCCAAUAUUUGGUCUUAUUGCCAAACCACUUUUUGGAGUUAUAGCUGAUAGGUUUAAAAUUCAAAAGCCAAUAUUUUUAUUAUUUCAAAUAGUGACAUUGAUCAGUUUUUCGGCUAUAUACUUUAUACCGGAGAACGCGUCUAAAUUAACAGCUGAAUUAGAUUGUGGCGAUGGCGCCACAAUGCUUAAGAGUUGUUAUAAGACCGCUGAAGAAAUUGACAGUUGUAAGAUUAUAUCUUUGGGCAAUCAAAAUGGUACAGCUGAAUGUAGGAUGAAAUGCGAUAUGACUUCGCCGAAAAUGUGGCAAACUGUGUGCGAGCAUUGGGACAUACCGCAAUACUGCUACAGUAAUACAGAGAGUAUUGAAUACACCUCAUACGUUAGCAACGUAACACUUAGAGAUAAGUGCGCCUACAUAGCAUCGCACAAUGUGACACUUGAAGGAUAUAAUUUUAAGCCAAGUUGUCGCAUCGGCAAUGGUUUCAUAGACAUCAACGAACCUUGCAGUUUGAAGUGUGGCAAUCAACAGCUUGCCGGUAUUAUCGGACAGGAUAAGGCGAAUAUGACGUGCGUUAACAAUACUUUGAACUACCGCCUGUGUAAUGGAAAUACAUCCAAAGAGAAUGUUGUUGAGAUGAACCAGCCUGACCAAUGCAAGGCAUCCUGUGAAUUGGACAAAGCUCAACCUUGGAAACUAAUGGAGAUCUGCCUAGGCUGGGGUGCUGACGUCACAAACGCUUGUAAACCAAAAACAAGAGCCGGUGAACAUUUACCUGACAAUCUGUCGUUUACUGGUGUAGUUCGUUUGUCCAAAACGGUCACUGAACACAACUGUGUGUAUCUGCGUUUAGACCAUAUUGUGAUGGACGAUGGCACUAUCCACUAUCCAGAUUGUGUAUCGAAAGCUCAAUAUGAAAUGGAGCUUAGUCUAUUUCAUCCCGCCUGUGAGAUCAGUUGUAAUAAUGCACAGAUAAAUGAAUUAUUACAAGCUGCAGCAGACAGUACUAGUGAGGAAACUAACCAGUAUACGAAACAAUUUUGGUUGUUCUUCAUGCUUAUGCUGAUAAGUUGGGUUGGACAAGCUGUCACUGUCACAUUUGCUGAUGCUAUAUGUUUCAAUUUACUGGGUACAAGAGUGUCGCAGUACGGAAAACAGAGGCUGUGGGGUUCAGUGGGUUUUGGUCUAUUUUCACUAUUAACCGGAAGUCUUAUAGAUGUGUUCAGUGAUGGAGCAUACAAGGACUACACUAUCGCGUUCAUCCUUAUGUUUGUCUUUAUGUGUGGCAGCGUUAUAGUAUCGUGGUUUGUUAGGGUGGAAUCGACAAAAUUCUCAGUGAACAUUCUAGCCGAUGUUGGAUCACUAUUGAAAUCGUUGCAUACAUGUGUGUUCAUUGCUUGGACCAUAGCUGUUGGACUUUGUACUGGGCUGAUAUGGCAAUUCCUCUCUUGGCAUAUAGAGGAUGUAGCCAGGUUGACCUGUGAUGGAGCCGACUAUAUGAAAACACUUCAGGGCCUAGUCAGUGCUAUACAGACGUUCUGCGGUGAAAUACCGUUUAUGUUUCUCUCUGGUUACAUACUGAAAAAACUCGGUCACAUAAACAUGAUGACCGUUGUAUUGUUCGCUUUUGGGGUCCGUUUCGUCCUUUACUCUGUUGUGACUAACGCCUGGUGGAUAUUGCCCAUAGAAAUGCUGCAAGGCAUUACCUUUGGCAUGUUCUACCCCACUAUGACGUCCUAUGCUAAUGUAGUGUCCCCGCCAGGCACGGAAACCACUGUGCAAGGUCUCGUAGGAGCGAUAUUCGAAGGCAUCGGCACAUCUUUGGGCAGCUUUAUCGGGGGUCGUUUAUACGAAACUUACGGGGGCUGGAACACCUUCCGCUGGUUCGGAUAUGGUGCGUUCGUCGCUUGUGUAGUGCACGCACUCACUCAGUACUUAAUUAAGGACAAGCACAGUCAUGUGGAACUUAAUCAAGGUUAUUCAUCUGUGAUUCACUAUGGGCACACCAAUGACGCUGUGCAUAUAUUAGACGAUCUGGAUGGUGAAAGCUAGUGAUGUUUUAAUUAGUAAAUAAGUUCUCAAAUCAAUUAAAUUAUGUACUUAGAUAAUUGUAGAACAAUUGCUCUAUCUUGCCUUCAUUAUAUACAAUGUUAUAAAGAACAAAAACAGGAAAACAAUGGUUUUUAGCUACUUAAUAAUAAAUAUGGCUUCAACAUACAUAAGAAAUAGGGUAUGUUGACGCUCAGAGCUAGUUACCAUACAUAAAGAAGAAUGCGAAAUACAGAUAUAGUUACUAAAUGUUUUUAUUUAAGUGUUUAUAGAGUUAACAUUAUACAUUGCUUAAUAUGUGAAAACUAUAAUUCAAAUGACAAAUAUUGUAUGCAAUAGCAGGAAAAAGAUGAUUUAGACAGAAGAUACUGAAAUUUGCUCAAUUAUAUUUAGUUAAUAAAGUUCUCGGUUAAAAUAUGAAAAAGUCUUUUAUACCAUAAAUUUUUGUUGGCACAACUAGU